CUUAGUUAUGGCUGCAUCUUCUUCUGCUCCAAAACAAACGUAUGAUGUUUUUAUAAGCUUCAGAGGUGAGGACACUCGCCACAACUUCACCGGCCAUUUUUAUGCAGCUUUGCGUCGGAAAAAAGUUCGUGCCUACAUAGACGAGGAUCGUCUUGAGAAAGGAGAGGAAAUUUCACCUUCGCUUUUGAACGCAAUUGAGGAGUCAAAGAUUUCUGUGCUUAUUUUCUCGAAGAAUUAUGCUUCUUCGUCGUGGUGCUUAACUGAGCUCGCUCACAUCCUCCGAUGCAAAGUGGUAAACAAGCAGCUCGUUGUUCCGAUUUUUUACCAUGUCGAUCCAUCAGACAUACGCCAACAACGAAACAGCUAUGCGGCGGCAUUUGCCAAGCAUGAAAAGCGCUUUGAGGAUGAAAAGGUGCAAAUGUGGAGAAGUGCUUUGAAAGAAGCAGGCAAUAUGUGUGGCUGGAAUAUUGAUUUCAAUAGAUCCGAGUCUGAAGUAAUUGAGGAAAUUGUCAAAGACAUUCUAAACAGGUUGGAUAACACGUCAUCUAAAGAUGAAUUCAAGGAUCUGGUUGGAAUUGACAUACAAGUUCAAAACAUUAAACUAUUGCUACAUUUCAGUUUAUUAGAUGUUCGGAUUGUAGGACUUUGGGGCAUGGGCGGUAUUGGAAAAACCACCCUGGUCGAAGUCAUAUUCAGUCGCUUUGCUCCUCAAUUUGAAAGUUGUUGCUUUCUUAGAAACAUUAAGGAGACAAAACGACAUAAACUUCACAAGUUACGAAAGAAACUCUUCUCUGAAUUGUUGAAGGAGAAAAUAGUAAAUGUCAAUCAAUUUGUAAGGGAUAGGCUUCAGCGUACGAAGGUGCUAGUCGUUCUUGAUGAUGUAGAUGAUGUCGAGCAGUUAGAGUAUUUGGUUAGAGAUCGUGAUUGGUUUGGCCAGGGGAGUAGAAUCAUUAUAACAACUAGAGAUAAGCAAGUCCUGACGAAUAUCGAAGCUGAUGGAAUAUAUGAGGUUGAUGAGUUAAAUUCUCAUGAUGCUCUUCAAUUAUUUUAUGCAUCAGCAUUCAAGGGAAACUCUCCCUCACCAGUUUAUGUAGAAAUGUCAAAAAGAGUGGUCACUGAAUAUGCUAAAGGUGUUCCUUUAGCCCUUAAAGUUUUGGGUUGUCACCUUUGUUCCAAGAGCAUAGAAGAAUGGGAAAGUGAACUGAAAAGGUUGGAAAAUAUUCCCUAUGACAAAGUUCAGAAUGUGUUGAAAAUGAGUUAUGAUGGCCUGUGUUCCGAAGAGAAAAAUAUAUUUCUCGAUAUCGUGUUUUUCUUUAUUGGCAUGAAACAGGAUGAUGCAAAAAGAAUACUCGAUAGCCAUCGCUGGGGAGUUGCUAUGGGAAUUAGUGUUCUCAUUGACAGGUCUCUUUUAACAAUUGAUCGUUCCAAUCAGCUGUCUAUGCAUGAUCUGGUACAAGACAUGGGUAAAGAAAUUGUUCGUCAGGAAUCUCCUAAUGAGCCUGGAAGGCGCAGCAGGCUUUGGUUUGCUGAAGAUGUCUGUAGUGUCUUGAAAAAUAAUACUGCAACCCCAGAAAUUCAAGGAAUGUCCCUAGACAUGUCUAAAAUUCGUGCUGCCAUAUGCAUGAGUCCUAGACUUUUCGAAGCAAUGCCUAAUCUCAAAUUCCUUCGGUUUUUUGAUUAUGUUGAGGAAAAGCUGAAACUUCAAAAAAAAGGUCUUAAAUGUCUUCCUAGUGAGCUCAGAUUUCUUCAUUGGGAUAGUUUCCCUCUAAAACGUUUGCCUCCCAAAUUUUGGCCUCAAAAUCUUAUUGAGCUACACCUGAUUAACAGUAAGCUAGAGAAGCUUUGGGAUGACGUUCAGCAUAUUGUGAGCUUAAAAGUUCUAAAUCUUGAAGGAUCUAAGAAGCUUACUGAAAUUCCAGACCUCUCUUUGGCACUAAAUUUGGAAAAGAUAAAUCUCAGACGCUGUAUACACCUUAAGCGUCUUCCAGGAGGCAUUGGCAAGCUGGAGUUGUUGCAGGUUCUUAGGUUAUCUGGCUGCUCAAACAUUGACGAAUUUCCAGAACUUCCAAAAAAUAUACAACGUUUGCAUAUGGAUGGGACAGCUAUAGAGAAUGUGCCGCCAUCAAUUGAGCGUCUCUCUCAGCUCCUGGUAUUUAAUUUGACAAAUUGCAAAAGGCUUGAGAGCCUUCCGACCAACUUUUCUAAGUUAAAAUCUCUCGAAGAGCUCUACGUCGGUGGUUGCUUAGCAUUAAACUACUUGCCAGAAAUUAAAGAGCCCAUGGAACAUCUAACAGUGCUUCAAACACAAGAAGCACGCAUAAGAAAGUUGCCCUCGUCAACUGAAAAACUUGAUGGGAUUACAAAAUUAUUCAUCCAACACACCCGUGUACCUGAAAUACCCGAUUGGCUCUUCUCUUUACCCGGACUAGACUUGUUAAAUCUCCGUGAAUCAAAUACUAUUAGAAUUCCUGAAAGCAUCAAAAGUUCUAAGUUGAAGUAUUUGCAAUUAAGAGAUUGCAAGUUCCUUAAGUCUCUACCAGAACUUCCUCUUUCCAUACAGGCUAUUAGCGUAGAGGGGUGCAUAUCAUUGGAGAAGGUGUCAAAUUCAUGGAAUCUACUUGCACAAGCGCCUAAAGGGGAUCGGCCCUUUCCGAUGCGGUUUUCAUUUGAGGGUUGCUUAAAGUUGGAUCACAAGGAUGUGAUAACUGAAUUUCAGAUUAGAUCUUUAUUCUAUGCCUCAAUACAACAACUUUUGAAACAUAAGGGUCAGAUAACGUUGAGUUGCGAGACAAUGAGGAGACCACAUCUGGAUGCUGGUUUCCGUGCUUCACUUACACAAAAAGGUUGUAGAUUCGAGAAGGAGAGGCAUGUGACUCCGCUUCGCGUUAUUGUUUCUUAUCCGGGAGAUGAAAUUCCUGAGUGGUUUAGCUAUCAAAACGUUGGAGAUUCAAUAGAUAUGAUGGUUCCCACAGAGUAUACAAAUUUCUUGGGUUUUGCCUUUUGCUUUGUUGUUGAAAAUGCCCACAAUGAUGAUAGCUACAAUGUCGAAAAUUUAUAUUGGGAAAUCUAUCUCAAAACCAACAGUAAUGGUGAAAGGCGUAUCCAACAUUUGUCAAAAUCCAUGUAUUUUGGAGGCAGUUAUGACUUAAACCAUGUGUUAAUGACCACGCAUCUAGCUGCAGCUGCAUUUGUCUGUGAUCCUGUAACAGAGAUGUCAUUUCACUUUAGUUUUGAAGAUCCGUUAAAACGCAAAAUAAAAAGUUGCGGAAUGCGCCUGCUUUCUCUCCAGGACGCAAUUGAAUUUGGUAUCAUCAGUGAUCAAUAUGUAUUUUCAGAGGCGAAUGUUGUCGUUAACGAGUUGCAACCAAGUGGAUUUUUAAAGAAUGUGAUAUACCCUUUGUUCAGCUUUCAGGGUUUCCCGUCAAGGCAACAACUUUGUGAGAAGAUAUUGAGUUUCAAGAUACUGCCCAGGCACAAGACAUUAUGGUUGCUGCUUGUUUUGGAUUGUUUGCCAGUACGAGAAGUUGUUAAUUACCAAGUGGAUUUGGACACCACUUGCCCGCUCUGUGGCUUGGUUUCGGAAAGUGCCACCCAUCUGUUUCUGUACUGCCAGAGUGUUGGGCCUCUUUGGUUCAUGUCACGGUGGGGCCUCAAGACAAAUUCUCUCUGCUGUGAUUCCAUGGCUUCUUUCUUGGAACUGGUAUUAUUUGGUGAUCCAAACUCAUUAUGCCAUUUUGAUGGAGAUUUCUUGCUUUAUGCUUCUGUACUUUUGGAAACUAUUUGGCUUGCGAGGAAUGGGCUCGUUCAUGAAGAGAAGACGUUUGAUAUUGCGGAUAUACAUUCCUCUGUGCAAGCUCAAUUCAAUGAGAUUACCGCCAUUGAUCCCUGAUUGCAGAUAUAUUAAACCCCUUGCAGGCGAUGCUAGAAGUAGCGCAGAGUAGCUGAAUUAGUUGCUACUGUCAAGUAAGGACAUUAUAUCCAUCAUCCUUGUGUAUAAAUGUAAGGAUUGUAAAUUCUAAGAUUAUAAACUUUGAAUAUCUAGAUUGUGGUUGAUGUCUGUAAAUGUUAUUUAAAUGUUCAUGU